CCGACCCAAACACCGCAUCCUCUUCCUCGAUCCCGUUAUUGUUCCGCAGAGAGCGAGCGACGGGGAGCAAGAUCGCGUCGUUAGGGUUAGGGUUUUCAUCGUCUCCAAACUCCUCACUCGCUUCGCUUCGGGCGUUUCGUCCUACUCGUCCUGAUUCGAUUCAGGGUUUACCCUCUCAAACCCGAGCCGCCGCCCUCUCUGCGUCCGUUUCAUGCAUGGCUUCGGGCCCCGCUGCCGCUGCCGCCGCCGCCGACGACGGCGAUGGCAUCAGUGAGACCCGACGGACGCCGGAGUUAAAGGUAUACAGCCGCAGGCGUCGCGGUAAGAACACCCCUGCGGCCGACGCCCAGAAUCCCCAGCCCUCCUCCCGGGAAACCCUAGCCACCACUACCACCACCGGCGACGUUGACUCCUCCCUUCAGCAACCGCCUCCGCCGCCCCCUUCUCCGCCGGAGCGUCACCAGUUCCAACGCUCGGCCUCUUCGGGCAACGAGGCCUCGAGCCUGAACCGCCACGAGCCGGAGGCCACGCCCGACCCCAAGGGCUCUGCUCCCCACCAGCAGAACGGCCACGUUGCGGUUGAGGACGCCAAGCGGUCGCAAGGGGAGGCCCGUGACCUACGCCGGAUGCUCACCGCCCAGCUGGAUCAGGUGAGGGACCUCCUCAAGAGGCUUGAGACCCGUGAGCACCAGCUCUCCGCCAUCCCCUCUGCUGGCGGCGGAGGCAGCGGCGUCGGUGCUGCUCCUUCUCAACUCUCGGUAAAUCAUGUCAACACUCCGGUGGCGAGUAAGAGAGAAUCGGUGUUUUCCGAGGCCAUUUCUGCCACCCCUGCCCCAUUACGUCCCCAGCUCAACAUCUUGGUGCCACCUGGUGUCGGUUCCAGGAACAGCCUUGGUACUUCCACGAUAGAAAGGGAGAAGAGAACGCCCAAGGCGAAUCAGUACUUCCGUAGCUCGGAUUUCAUUCUGGGGAAGGAGAAGUUUCCUCCUUCAGUAUCUCAGAAGAAGUCCAAGUCCAGCAAAAGCAGGAAGCACUCGACCGUGGAAUCAGAUUAUAGGGCAUCAGCCAACAAGAAAAUUUAUGCGAAUGCCUUCAGGAGCUGCCGGACACUGCUCGAUAAGCUCAUGAAGCACAAUUUUGGAUGGGUAUUCAAUAAGCCAGUGGACGUCGAGGGUCUCGGUCUCUAUGAUUACUUCUCCAUCAUAAAGCACCCAAUGGACCUUGGCACCGUGCAAUCCCGCUUUGCCAGUAAUUUCUACGAGUCUCCCUUGGAAUUUGCAGCAGAUGUUAGACGUACAUUCCAGAACGCCAUGUUGUACAAUCCCAAGGGGCAGGAUGUGCACGUUAUGGCUGAGCAGCUCCUCAACGUCUUCGAGGAGAGAUGGUCACUGAUCGAGACAGAGUUCACUGAGCAUUUGCAUCAGCUACAUUUGUUCAGUAUGAGAAACCCCCCCUCUUUGGAUAUGAGAACUCUUGAGAUGUCGAGCUCCACUGUGCAACCCAUGGAGAUCGAUAUGAGGCCUGUGGUGCAACCCAUGGAGAUUGAUAUGAGGCCCGAACAAAACCAGACCCAGCAUUUUGGCCGGCCUACAGCUCUGAAGAAACCCAAGGCUAAUGACAUAAACAAGCGGGACAUGACAUUCCGGGAGAAGCAGACAUUGAGACGUCAUUUGGAGAGCCUGCCACCAGAGAAGCUGGAAACUGUUGUACAAAUUAUUAAGAAGAGGAACUCUGUUUUGAACCUACAUGAUGACGAGAUUGAGGUGGACAUAGAUUGUGUAGAUGCAGAAACACUUUGGGAGCUUGAUAGAUUUGUAACUAACUAUAAGAAGACUCUAAGUAAGCACAAACGGAAGGCAGAGCUUGCGAUGCUUGCUAGGGCUGAGGCAGAGCGCCACAACCGAGAAAGGUUGAAUGGAGAGGAUCCUUAUCCAGUUGUUGCUGAAGUGCCCGAGCAAGUCAAGAAUGCGGUGGAUCAGAAUAAGGUUGCUGCUCCUUUGACAGAAGCAGGAGCAAAUAAUGGAAAUGAUGAGAGUGGGUCAAGUGGUUCCAGUCGAUCCAGCAGUGACUCUGGAUCCUCUGAUUCUGAUUCUGAUACUGAAAGCUCCUCAUCAUAUGAAUCGGAUGCUGCACAUUCGCCUGGGAAUUGAACAGAUUUCACUUAGAUGUCAGAUGCUUUGUGGACAAUCAUUGUUCUUCGAGGUUUCACAUGGAUUCCCCACAUAAAAAGGUGACAUGUUAUCUAAGUGCAUAGCGUUGUUUCCCCCAUGAAACUGGUCUUAUUUCUUUCUUUAAUAGAUGGAGAAUGCAGACCACCUUCACUUGGCAAUUUUUUUGUGAGAUGGUCUUGUUAGCAGUUUCUUUUACAAAUAUGAUUGUACAGAAGGAUUUGCGAUCCAUAGAGUUUCUGAAUGGCCCUCAUUUAUCUUUCUCAAUUGUAGCAUAGCUUGUGCAUAUUUUUAGAAUAUGCUUUUUCAGUGUAAUAGUUUAAAAUAACUUAAUGCACAGGAGCCUCUUAUUUCGUUUAGCCAUAGGGCUCAGAAAGAUAUCUGGUAGUCCGAGUAUCCCGUCGCCCGUCGUCGCUUACAUUUGUCGUCUGAGAUUGAGAAAGGUGGAAUAUUUGGGACCUCCAUCCCUGGUGAAGUUGGAUUGCCAUGUUGACUUUGUUGCUGUGAGGCUUCCAGGAGACCAGGCAAACUGUCUCCUCUCGACUUCUGCUAAUACUUGUUCUUGUUGCACAAUCUGAUGGCGGUAUUUAUAUUACAAUUGCCUGCGUUUGUUUUUGCCUU